AUGUCUGUAACAACGACUCUUGAACCGCCACCUGGCGUGUCUUAUGCCGACUUUGUGCGGGGCUGGAACGAUGAACAGGUUGCACUUUGGCUCGCUAGCCUGGGGUGUGAGCACCAGAUAUCGACAUUUAACGAAAACGAUAUUCGUGGAAACUGUUCCAAGGGUGCUGGCCCUACUCCGCGUGUUCUUCUUAAUGGUGGAUCUACAUCUCGGGCAACAUCCCAGUACGAUAUCACAAAUACAAACGGUGUUCAGAGGAGUACUUCGUUCCGACAUAGUGCUAAUGGCUCUGACAGUAGUCGUGACGAUAGCAUUACAGCUGCUCGUAGGUCCAGCGGUGGUAGGAGACUAGAUGGCGGGCGUCCUCCUCCACUGAACAUUACUCAAUCGACUACUCGAGACCUCCCACAGCUGAGCGCAAAUAUCGCCACCUCACCCGGUCCCUCCAUCGGCGCUACCACCCCUCGUCCCAUUACUCAACCCCAAUCUCAACUGCAGAGCUCGCAAGGUCCUGGAGCUCGGGACUCAGGUCGCACACUGGUCGAUAGUCCUUCAUCGACUCCCAUAUCAACCAUAUCCCUCCCUAGAUAUACGCCACCCACUCGUAAUUAUGGCGCUUCUCUUCCAAUUGGACAGGAGCGGCGUACACCUACUCAAGCUGAUGGUUUCACCCCGUCUUCACAAACGUUCCCGCCCCCGCCUUACACGAAUGAUCCUUUACCCCCUGCUCCAGGAUCGUCUGGCCAGAGCUCGUCCAACGGCUCUCCUCCGAGCGCGACCAAUUUCGCUCAGUGGCAAGGCGAAUAUGGUCUACCACGUGCUCCAAAGACCACCAACCUCGGAGCAAGCGCCCAUGAAACACCUAGUGAAGCUGUCGCCCGUCGAGCGGGCUCGCCGCUCCCUCCAGUGCCCGUGAGAUCAGCAACCUCCAAAAUACCAAUUCAAACUGUAGACCGAGCUCAGACUGGACACGCUAAAAGCGGCUCCGUAGGUCUCAUCGGUCAAGAGAGAGGAGGAUCCAGUAAAAAUACCGCUGGGCCGUCUACACCUGGGAGACCAUCUACCUCUGGAAGUAUAUCACAGCCUUCGUUACAUCCAUAUGUGACGGCUGCGGCUAUACCCACGAGCAGCGGCGCACCUGCCGUCCCCUUCCCAACUAUCCCUAACAAUAACCUUCGAGUAGACGCAGGCGUUCGUGGUCGGGAUCUUUCACCUAUUUCCGAAUCGCACUCUAUUAUCGAGACCACUCCAACAGGUCCUUCAUUUGCAUCUGGGUCUGGGCCGAAUACUGGAAAUUCCAACGCUGGGUUUGCUGGCAAGCGUAGUCCGUUCCCUAUCAAGCAUACUCAAUCUGCCAAUGACUUGAUGCGGGCACUGAUCAAGAUUCACUUGGAUGAUAGCGGUCAACCUACAACUGCUGUCAACUCAUCUGUAGUGAACAUCGGCUCUUGCCAUAGCGGUGUAGAGAUUAUCGAACGCGCGCUCAAGAAGUUCAACAAACAAAACUCCGGGAAGACCAGUCUUGACGAAGAUAGAACGAGCGAGACCGAACAGGGCGGGCUGUUGGUUGACGGAUGGGGACUGUUCCCUGGUGGACCCCAGAACGAACUUUCGAGUGGUCCUCUGUCUGAGUCAGAAAUUUUAUCAAUAUGCCACGCAGACCCGAAGAACACUACACGCGAACAGGGAAUGACACUUAGAAACGUCCGACAGAGGCAGCAGCAAAAAUUGGCAAAUUUCUUCGGCGCGACACCACCUGGAGCUGGUGUACAGAUGUCACCUACCUCGCCUACAUACACGAUUGGGCCCAGAAUCUAUACGACCCAGGAUGAAGAGGGCCUACAGAAUACCCCGUCCUCGCUCAAGUUCCCAACCACUGGCACCCCCGUUACCAGCAACAGAAGGAUGGAUCGUGCGAGUACCAUUAGUAUCAUGUCGGGCUUGGGUGUGGAUCCCCCUCCCAGCCCUGGCGGUACCCCAGCCGCACGUAGCCCUUCAAAUAAUUCUUUCCUUUCGGGAGGUCAGAAGAAAUUGCGCAACUUUUUCGGCCAACUUCUUCCGUCGACAUCCAAGAAGGUCCUGCAACGAACGGCUCGUAAUAGCAUGCUUCGUGCUGGCUCUAAACGCGAUAGCCACCUUUCGGUUAUGAUUGGCCCAGGUGCGAAUGUCCGUAUGUCGAUUCAGGGGCCUCCAAAAUCGCGAUUCAGCACCAGCUCCCGGAGUUCAUACAACCACAGGAAAUCCUCUCCCCCACCGCGCUCUUCAAUGAGUUCCGUGCCAUCGAUCAACGACAACGCAUCGACAAUGGCGAUCAAAGAAGACAAGGACAAUGUACCUCCGCGGAUGUCGACGUCUACAGACGAUGGGCAAUCUAUUGACAUGAGUACGGACGAUGGGGCAACUACAGACGAUACGGAAUCAACAAAGAAGUCGCUGGACCAUACACUGCCUCCCCUAUCCAUCAUGGGCGAUUCCCUCGCAGACUCGUUAAAUACCGGACUAAGUGUCACAUGGCUGGCACGCGAGUCAAAUGCCGCUAAGCGCAUGAGCCUGAUGUCUACUCGUGGACGCGACAAAUCGGAUACUGCCAGUCUCCUGACGGUUGAUGAGAUUACUGCCGAGGUUGAGAGCCGCCGCCAGAGCCGAUAUAGCAUGUAUGAGGACGACGAAGAAGACGAAGACGGCAAUGUAGUCGUGCGGCGGCCGAGUAAGCGCGUGAGCAUGGUGUCAUCGAUGCAAGGAGAUGGUGACGAGGACGAGGGCGAGGAUGAGGAAGAAGAAGAUUACGAUGAGGAAGAUGAGGAUUACGACGAAGAAGAUGAAGAUGAAGAUGAAGAUGAAGACGAAGACGAAGACGAAGACGAAGAAGACGAGGAUGAAGGAGAAGAAGAAGAAGGAGGCGCCGAGCAUACCACUGAUACAGGCAGGACAAUGAUGUCUUCAGGAGGCAAGCGUUCAAUCAAAUGGAUCAAGGGGGCUUUGAUUGGAUCAGGCUCUUUCGGUAGCGUGUACCUUGGAAUGGAUGCCGUGCAAGGCCUACUUAUGGCCGUCAAGCAAGUUGAACUUCCGACUGGGUCAUCGCAAAACGAGGAGCGUAAGAAGAGCAUGCUUACAGCACUGGAGCGCGAGAUCGAGCUACUGAAGCAACUUCAACACGAGAACAUCGUACAAUAUCUUGAUUCUUCGAUCGACACUCACCAUCUGAAUAUUUUCCUUGAAUAUGUGCCCGGAGGAUCCGUUGCUACCUUGCUGAGGAAUUACGGCGCAUUUGAAGAGCCGUUGGCGCGAAACUGGGUUCGGCAGAUUCUACAGGGCCUUAAUUACCUCCACGAACGAGAGAUCAUCCACCGAGAUAUCAAGGGUGGUAACAUUUUGGUUGACAACAAGGGCGGUAUCAAGAUUUCGGACUUUGGUAUUUCGAAGAAAGUCGAAGAUAAUUUAUUGGGCGGUUCGCGUAUACAUCGCCCAUCCUUGCAGGGCUCCGUAUUUUGGAUGGCCCCCGAAGUCGUUAAACAAACUUCGUACACCUACAAGGCAGACAUCUGGAGCGUGGGAUGCCUUGUUGUCGAGAUGUUGACCGGGCAGCAUCCAUGGGCUCAACUGAGUCAGAUGCAAGCCAUCUUCAAGAUCGGUUCGCUAGCUAGACCAACAAUACCGCCCGAUAUCUCGCCCGAAGCUGAAGACUUUUUGAACAAAACCUUUGAGCUUGACUACACUAUUCGUCCGACGGCUGCCGAGCUCUUGAACCACCCUUGGGUCCGAAUUGAAGCCGCGGAAACUGGCGCGAGCGCACAACAACCAGACGAGCCUUCUCCUGCCAUCAUGAUUACCCCUUCAUAA